AUGCUAAAUUUGUCCUGGGAAACGGGUGCCAUAGCAUCGGUCGCACCCGGAUCCACCGUCAUGGUGCGAAGUUGGAACGAAACGCGCCGAUUAGACAGCUCGCGCGCGAUUUGGGUUGAUCGCUCCAUAUCCCCUGUGGUCAGAGCCAUCUGCAUCUCCGAGAGCAGUUCCUCCGAAGAGAGUUCGCCGAUGGAAGCGCUCGACGGGAUAACCGGAUUCCCCAAAAAGCUCGAUAAAAAGGAGGAGGCGAAUCGCACAAAUGAGGAAGAGGCCCAGUUCCAAAGGAAACUGCAGUAG